GUUUGACGCGAGUGAUGGACCUGUUCAUGUGUGGCAGCGCCCCAUUGACCUCCGAGAUAUGUACGGCGGUGACGAUAUCGUGGUGCUUUACCACUACACCAACGCGACCGUCUUCGAGAACUUGGCUGCUGAAGUCUCUGCAGCUGCGCGUUUAGAGCUGCUUGUGGACCCCCACUCUGAUCGCGGCCCGGGCGUCUUGGCCUCACAGCACGAGCCUUCA